GCAGCAGAUGGCGCUGUAGCUACUCCUGGAUGACGAUAUUGCGGUGGCUGCGAAAGCAAGGGACAAGUGAGCUGCGGCGCGCUCUCUGGGGCUUGCUGCGGUAGUCGCGCGCUCUCUCUUCCUUGGGAGCCUCCAAGAUCGGCGGCCGUUGGGCCGAGGCAGGAAUGUUCCGCAAGGCGCGGCGCGUGAAUGUGCGGAAGCGGAACGAGUCGGAGGAGGAGGACGAAGAGCGGGACGAGGAGUCACCCCAGUCACAGCUGCCGCCUCCAGGAGGAGAUGGGCCUGCGGGUGAGGCCGCUCCGCCACUUCCGAAGCCGCCCCUUCUGCCGCUCCCGACCGGCUGCGUUCCUCUUGUCUCUCCCGCUGGUGGCGGUGGGGGGCCCGGCGGCUUCGCUUUAGGCGGUGCCGAUGCAAUUGGCCGGGGAAGCCCAGUCUUGUCGGCCCCGCCGCCUCCUCCCUCGCAACAGCCGGCGCCGCCACAGCAGCUCCCGCCUGGAAACAACGGCCUCCUGCCGGCGGGUUCGAAGGUUAAGGAGCGGAAGAACAAGAGCAAGGAAGCGGCGGGGCCUCCGCCACGCGGGAGCCUCAAGCUCCUCAGCUUCCAAGACGAAGAGGAGGAAACCGAAGAAGUCUUUAAAGUGAAGAAAUCAAGUUACAGCAAAAAGAUAGUAAAGCUGCUUAAAAGGGAAUAUAAAGAAGAUCUUGAAAAAUCUAAGAUAAAAGUGGAAUCUAAUUCUUCAGCUGAUGCUGAACAGUCUGUCGACAAAACAGGACAAACUAAAGAUGCAGUUCAAGAAGAUGGAGCUGCAAAUAGUGAACAAGGAGAGGAGGAGAUGGAAGUUGAAAGUGAGAAGGAAGAAGAAAAACCAAAAGCUGCAGGAGCUUUCUCAAGUGCUUUAUCCUCUCUGAACGUUCUACGUCCAGGAGAAAUCCCAGAUGCUGCUUUUAUUCACGCUGCUAGGAAAAAGCGCCAAAUGGCUCGUGAGCUUGGGGACUUCAUACCCCUUGACAAUGAUCCUGGGAAGGGGCGCCUUGUUAGAGAAGAUGAAAAUGAUGCCAGUGAUGAUGAAGACGAUGAUGAGAAAAGAAGGAUAGUCUUUUCAGUGAAAGAGAAAUCUCAGAGGCAAAAGAUCGCAGAGGAAAUAGGUAUUGAGGGGAGUGAUGAUGAAGCGCUAGUUGCUGGGGAACAGGAUGAAGAACUCAGUCGGUGGGAGCAAGAACAGAUACGUAAAGGCAUUAAUAUACCUCAGGUUCAAGCAAGUCAGCCUACUGAAGUGAACAAUCUGUAUUACCACAAUACCUACCAGGCAAUGCCUUAUGGUUCCUCUUAUGGCAUUCCUUACACAUAUGCUGCUUAUGGAUCUUUGGAGACAAAGUCUCAAAAAACAGAUAACACAAUUCCUUUCAAAACUCCCAGUAAUGAGAUGGCGCCUGUUUCUAUUGAUUUGGUAAAGAAACAGCUUAAAGACAGGUUGGACUCAAUGAAAGAAUUUCAGAAAGCAAAUCAACAACAGCAUGAGAAGCAUCAGCAAAGCCGAGAUGACUCUAUCAAGACAAUUGAAAGAUUAGAAGGGUCUUCUGGGGGUAUUGCUGAACGGUAUAAAUUUCUGCAAGAAAUGCGAGGGUAUGUCCAAGACUUGCUUGAGUGUUUCAAUGAAAAGGUACCCCUGAUUAACGAGCUCGAGUCAUCAAUGCACCAGCUGUACAAACAGCGAGCUUCCCGCCUUGUCCAAAGACGACAAGAUGAUAUUAAAGAUGAAUCUUCGGAGUUUUCAAGCCAUUCAAAUAAAGCACUAAUGGCACCAAAUCUUGACUCUUUUGGACGAGACAGAACACUGUACCAAGAACAUGUAAAAAGGCGAACAGCCGAAAGAGAAGCUAGAAGAGCUCGUCGCAGACUUGCUAGAGAACAAUCUGGGAAGAUGACUGAUCACCUUGAAGGCCUUUCUAGUGAUGAUGAAGAAACUUCAACAGAUACUACAAACUUCAAUAUGGAGCGAGAUCGCAUUUUGAAGGAGUCCAGCAAAGUUUUUGAAGAUGUGUUAGAAAACUUUUACUCCAUUGACUGCAUUAAAUCGCAGUUUGAAGCCUGGCGUUCCAAGUAUUUCUCUUCUUACAAGGAUGCAUAUAUUGGCCUUUGUCUACCAAAGUUGCUUAAUCCUUUAAUAAGACUUCAGUUACUUACUUGGAACCCUUUGGAGGACAAUUGCCAGGAUUUUGAAAGUAUGUUAUGGUUUGAAUCCUUGCUGUUUUAUGGAUGUGAAGAACAUGAACAGGAGAAAGAUGACGCUGAUGUUUCACUCUUGCCUACUAUUGUGGAAAGGGUCGUUCUGCCGAAAUUAACAGUACUUGCUGAAAAUAUAUGGGAUCCUUUUUCUACAACACAAACAUCUAGAAUGGUAGCCAUUACCCAGAAACUAAUAAAAGGAUAUCCUUCUGUGAUACAUGCAGAGAACAAAAACACACAGAUGUUACUGAAGGCCCUUUUGCUUAGAAUGAGGAGAACACUAGAUGAUGAUGUAUUCAUGCCUCUUUAUCCCAGAAAUGUUUUAGAAAACAAGAAUUCUGGUCCUUACUUGUUUUUCCAGAGACAGUUUUGGUCUUCAGUAAAGCUACUGGGAAACUUUCUGCAGUGGCAUGGAAUCCUUUCCAACAAAACUCUACAAGAAUUGUCAAUAGAUGGCCUGCUAAACAGAUAUAUCCUUAUGGCUUUUCAAAAUUCUGAGUGUGGGGAAGAUAGCAUUAAGAAAGCUCAACAUGUAAUCAGCUGCUUCCCUAAACAGUGGUUCGCUAAUCUUAAAGGAAAUAAGACAAUAUCACAUUUAGAAAAUCUCUGUAGAUACCUUGUUCAUCUUGCUGAUACUAUAUACCGAAACAGCAUUGGAUGCUCUGAUGUAGAAAAAAGAAAUGCAAGGGAGCAUAUAAAACAGAUAAUAAAACUUCUAGCAAGUAUUCGAGCACUGGACCAUGCUGUAAUAGUUGCAAAUGAGCAUAAUAUUAAAGAAUUAAAAAUUUUAAUUGAAGGGAAAUAAAUAUUGUCAGAAAUCUGGACUUCAAAAAUCAUUCCUGAAGUGUAAUUUUGUACAUAUGUAAAGUUUUCUUAAUCUGUAAACAAUUGGCUGUUUUUAAUACAAAGUGUGUUCUUAUACACAACAUCUGUAACUAGUAUUUGUGUCUUUAUGAAAGCUGGAGAUUAAAUCCAGAAAAUCUUUCAUCUGCAUCUUGUUUACGAGCAACUUUUAUACUCCCAUGGUGGCCAUCACUUUACUCAACUGUCCAGUAAGAAACUGGAAAUUGUGUAUUAUAAAAUUCACUAACAGUCUAGAUGCAAAUAUGUAUAGCCUACAGUUUUUAUUUAAAAUAGUAGUGUCUUCUUUCAAAAUAAAACUUUUGAGUUGCUGAAAUUUGGUAAUAAAAUGAACUGUGCUGUUUAAAAAAAUGUGAAUGUGGUAUGAUCCCUAAGAGUAAAAAAGCUUCCAAAAUAAUACCAGGUGCUAUUGGACACAUAUUUAUAGAUUGCAGAAAUAGCUGAAUGUUAACCGAUACCUUCAGCUAAUAGUAUUUUAAAUUCAGACCCUUGAUUAUUGUUUACAAUUAAUGGCAAUGACUGUCUCCAUAUAUCCAAGAAAUGCCCUUUAAGUGAAAAUAUUUCAGACAUGCACAUUGGAUUCUUGUUCUGAAAACAAAAACCUACUACAUCAAAUUGUUAUGUUUUACCAUGUGUACAUUUUAAGUACCUUUAUCGCAUAUCAGGAGUUUAUUUCUCAGUUUUUUUAAUGCAGAAUAUUAAAGCCCCCAAACCACAUGCUGCUUAUGUUAUGAGCACAUUGAAUGUUCCAGAAGGUUACUUCAAUUGCUUAAUAAAAUUUUAAAGAAUAAACUUACCUUUGUGAGCCCUGUUGCUACUGAGAUCCAUUUGACUUCUGAAGAGCAUUGUCAUGGUGGUUGAUAGCCUUGUUUUUAAGGUGUUUUUCUUUAUACUUGAGAAAAAUAGCAGUUGGAAUACUGAAUAAUAGUGUAUCAUUGUAUUUCAUAAUGCUCCUUGUCAUGUGAUGUAAAGAAAAUAUUAAAUGUACAGUCUGCUUUUUGGA